GAUACCAUAAAGUAACGCCGCUGUGGCUUGUUGCUUUACAAAAUCAACAUUUUUAAGGUCUUUUUGGCGGGAUAUUCUGGUAUCUACAGUCUUUAAGUGAGCUUUAUAUCAUAAUCAUUCAACUGAAACUAUGCCUCUAACAACAAAGACGAAGGUGAUGCUAGCAGUGGCAUUCUCUGUCACUGUCACAGGACUAAUGGUCACGGCUAGCCUGCUCAGAAGACGUAGACGUCGUAAGCAACCCAGAACCAUGGUCAAACCUAUAACAAAUGUCUUUUCGAACACAGCUACUACGAGCAACAAUCAUCAGCCCCGUCCUUACUCUCGUCAGCUGACCAGUUCCCCCAAGACGGCUCCUAAACAGAGAGUACCUCCUAUGAGAGCACAGUCUUCAUCCAGUGCCAGGGUUAGUAAAGCAAGUUCUAUCAGCUCCUUGUCUAGUGUCAGCACCCUGCGCAGCGGAGCUGCCAGUUCGGGCAGUGGAGCUCUAACACCAGUCAACACAUCGGAUUUGAUGACGGUGGAAGGAAUGUUCAAUCUAGGUAAAGAAGCAUUUGAAAGAGCCAUCAGCUACUGGAGGACUGCUCUUCAUGUACAACAUCAAUCACAAACUGAAAUAGAUGGGCAGGCACAGAUUCAGGAGCUGGUAGACUCCAACUUCAUCAGUCAGCUGGAGAAGUUGAUUGAAGCCGCAGACGGUCUCCGACCAGAGAUGGACGAUACCGCCAACAGGUUAUCGGCUUCCAACCUUGGCGAACUCUCUUUAGACAUCAGCCAUGUGAGCAAUGCAUCCUGGGACCGGGAAUUCUCUCGGAGUAUCAAGAGUGACAGUGCAUCAGACUCAGACUCUUUUGUUUCGGCAGCAGAGCUGGAUGACCUUUCAUCACUCACCAGUGAGCUGAACUUCUUCUCUGGGGAUGAAAGCUCUCCUGAGCUCUAUCACCGAGCUCUAAGGGUGGUCAAAGAGGGCGGUGUUCAGGCAAGAAGAAUAAGAACCCAGGUUUUGCAGUGUUCGAGUGAUGAAGAUUUCCUUGCCAAGUUGCACUGUAUUCGCCAAGCCACCAUAGUUCUGUUCCAAGAUGGCACGGUCAAAGAUUACUUUUCAGAUGUAGGCCUUCAACUGACUGCCGAUCUACUGUGGCAUGCAAACUAUGAUACCGAAGGGUUUAUUAAGGCUUAUGAUGAGAUGAUGACAUAUGUGAAAGACCCAUGCAGCUGGAAAGACAUUGAACAGGAGCUUUAUGGAAGGAAGGUGAAGUUUCUUUCAUUCUAUGACAUUGUGUUGGAUUUCUUUCUUCUCGAUGCUUUUGAUGACCUGGCCAACCCACCCUCAUCAAUUCAAACAGUUAUUCAAAACAGAUGGUUAUCUGAUGGAGUCAAAGAAACAGCUCUUGCUACGGCUGUUUGGUCUGUACUAGCAGCAAAGAGAAGAAUGCUCCAGAAUCCCAAUGGUUUUCUAGCUAAGAUGUACAGUAUAUCACAUCACAUGACUCCAGCGUUAGCCUGGGGGUUCAUGGGAACUAACGAGGAGUUGAAGAAACUUAUGAUCUACUUCAAGGACCAAGUGAUGCGGUUUUGCCAAGACAUUUUCUCGUUACAACGAUGCAGGUACUCUUCUAUACCAGAACUCUCAGAAGAUAUCUAUUCCUUGGCUAGGGAGUACGGCACCAUCAUCAACCAGAGACUGAAUUCAACAAGCUGAGUGUUGACACCAGCUACUCCUUUAUAUCAGAACUCUCAGAAGCUAUCUUUUCCUUGGCUAGGGAGUACGGCACCAUCAUCAACCAGAGAAUGAAUUCAACAAGCUGAGUGUUGACACAAGAUAUUCUUAAAUAUCAGAACUCUCAGAAGUCAUGAAUACCAGUUGUUUCCACUUCUUGAAAAGAAUACUUCUACCUGGUUCCCUGUUGUGUAUUUUGCUGUAUUUUCACCAAUACCCAUGGCUGUAUGCAGCUUGGUAGAGGGAUGGGGGCUGUUGUCCUCCCCUUUUUAAAGAAAUUUUCAAAACAUUUUUAUUGCUUAUUUUUAUAAAAUCAUUUCAAUCUGUGCCCCAGAUUUCACAGCUCCAACUUAUUGAUUAAAAAACGCUGUCACGACCAGCUCAAUGACUUUGCUCCCUCGCAUUCAAAUCUUAGCAGUUUUUUCCACUUUGAGAAAUAAAUCUACAUAUGCCUUUGUUUAAAUAAAUCUCCAUGUGCAGAUAAUGUCUUCAGUCACUUCAUCUGUCACUAGUGAUGAGCUUUCGCUUGAUAUAGAGAGAGAGUUCUCUCUUUUGACUGCACACUUAACUUGGUCAUUAAAUCGCUGCCAUAUGAUUAAUUGAUUUUGUGCCAUGAGUGAACUUGCCAUGUUUUAAUGCACCUCAUUUUAUCAAGUAUUGAUUAAUGUCUUGGAUAUGACAGGUAAUUACACCUUAAACAUUAUUAUUGGCUUUCAUUUAAACAGGGUCUUUCUUUUAAUUUGAUAUUUCUUUUAAUUUUUUUUCACUUUUGUGUUAUGACUAUAAAGAAGCCACUUAUUGCAAGGAUAAGAAAAAAGGGGAAGCUAUGAGCUUUUAAAAUGAUAUUACACAAUUACCUCAGAGGAAUAUUUUCAUCAGUUUUCAUGGGAAAUUUGAUAGCUUUUGUUUGCUUAUUCUUCCAGUUUAAUGAUGAACCAUGGUUAUGUUAUGUAAUUUGUGUUCAAUAUAUUGCCUCAUAUGGUUAAUUUAACAUCUUGCUAUCUGUGUCUGAAAGAUCCGGAGGUUGAUGUGAAGAAUGUCUUAAGAUGGGAUAGCAAGAAGCUGUCUCUUUAUUACAGUUACAUGUAUUUCCAGUUCUAAUCACAAUUUUGGGAUGCAGCAAAUUUCAAUAGACCGGUUUACUAACAUAUUCAAAUUUUAUGCAUACCAGUUUAACUAAGGUUGCCCCUAACAACCGGAAAGCUUGCCUGAGGUUUGCCCGACAUAGCAACAACUAAUGUAUGCAAAGUGGAUUCCAAGUGUUGAAAUACCAUUGUUACAGGUUAAUCAUUACUAGGCCACGAGGGAAGAAACAUCCAUAAAUUUGACUUCAUUAGUAAACCGGUCUAUUCUUUCUUCAUGAAAACUGACAAUGAUAUGUCUUUGAAAAAAGAUAUAUCAUGCUUUAUAUUGACCAUCCUUAAUGAAAAAAUCUGAAUGCGUUUUUAGUCCAUCAUCUUUAAUGUCAUUCAAAGAAACAGUAUUCUUUUCAAUUAUUUUGUAUAUGGUCACUUCGAGCAAUAUAUCCAAUUUUCCAUGAACUAUAUUAUGUUCCCAUUAAUGUUCUACCCAAUAUGUGAAUAAUAUAGAUAUUGUAUAGGUGUCACAUAAUCCAGUUUUCAUGUGCCAAUGGCUAUCUAAUGUUCUUGUAUAGUUGAUAAUACCUUGGUCACAUUUGCUCUUCGGCGGCUGUACAGCGAGUCGAAAACAGCCGUUUUAACAUUUUUUUGGUCCAACUACAUGUAGGUGGUUUGAAUUAAAAUGAAUAAAACGGCUGUUAUCUACUCGCCUUACGGCCACCGUAGAGCAAAUGUGACCAAGGUAUAAGUUCCCUCUUAUUCAAGAGUAAAUAUAUUAUUUCCUUAUGUACAUGUACGAAUAUGAAGGAUAUUUUAAUUGUGUAUAUAAUCAACAAUAAUCAUGUGCAAUAAGUGUGCUAUCUUAAUAUUACUAAGGGAACUUCAUUGAGUUUUUCAACAUCAGUUUUGCUGCAUUACAGUGCUUAUUCUUUUGAUAUUUGAAAGCGAGACCAUAUCCACAUGUUACUACUUAUUGUAAAGAAACACACAUUAUUUGUUAAAUAGUAAUGAUUAUUGUGACAUGUAACAUUUGCUAAAGAACAAAUCGGCAGUAGGGGCAUGGUAAAUCGCAUUGUUAACUGAUGGACAUUUUCAUAAAUCAUAUUUUAUUUAUUCAUCAACAUGAAAAUGCAAGUUUUGGUUAGGCUAGGCCUACCUAUUGGUGAUUUUAUUUGCCUAUUAUAAUUAUUUGAAGCUAUUCAAUCAUCAGAAUGGGGACUAUUUGUUAUGUUCUUUGAGGUUAGGGAUAGUUGAUUUUCUCCAAUAAGUAGCAUUGCCCCCCCCCCCCCGACCUUAAAUCAUCCAUCUUCUUGCUUGUUUUCAAGCAUUCAUGCUUCUUGGCCAGUAGCGUAAUGAGCCAAAACUCUUGAGGGGGCCAGACAAUGGCGUAUGGGGCAGCAAUUCUAAAAGGCUUUGAGCGAGCAAAAUUUCUCACCUUUGACUAGUGAUAGAUUUUAACAUAAUAUUCAGAAAUAACACAAUAUGAUAUUUCACCCCUUUUCUCCCUUCUUUCUUUGCCAUUAUUAUUUUUUUUUUUGGGGGGGGGUCCAUGGUGCCCCAAGCUCCCCCCCCCCCAUCUGUAUGCCAUUGUUCUUAGCAAUCCAGUAACAAAAAGAUCACCACCCGUUGUAUUAAGGAAAACCCCAAGUUCUGAUCAUUAAAAUGUAAUUAUUCACAACAAAUUAAUAUUAACAUUCAUGUUCAGACACUCUCGAAUAGACAUUAGAGACCUUUCGUUUUCUGUGACGGGCCAUGUGGAUAUAAGAUUAUGGAAUUGUGGGAGCCCUGCACAUGGGCGAAGUAAUCUGCAAUAAGCCCUCUUGUUCACUGCUCAUAUUUGUGACUUGUAUUUGAGGGGUUUGACGUUCGAUGUCAUAGUGGUCGAACGAGCACAAUUUCCAUAUCUUGGACGCCUUUAUUGUUCAGAAAACAACGUAAAUUAACAAAAUAUUUGUUAUAUAAUCUUAAAAAAAAUGAAUUAUUGAAUUAAAAAUAUGCAAUGCUUUACUUUCAAAAUAGACACACCCUAUGCAGAAAUUUGAUUGCAUUAAUCAGGAAUUACCUUUUAUACCCACCUUGAUGUAGCUUUGUGAUGUUGAUGACAUGAUGACUAUUGAACCAUACCAUACAUGGUAUAAUCAUUGUCUUGGAAAGCUCUUGUAUUAUCUCUGAUACGCCCAGCCGGCUCUGUAUCGCAAUGAUGGUCAUGCACCUGUGGUUAUUGUCUAUUCUCCGUCUAGACCGGAACAGCGCAAGCAGGUGACAGUAGUUGUUUCUUGUGUUUACCAAUGGUAAAUAUUCCCCAGGAGCCAGCCAUUAUUUGAAGCUAGGAUCUCGGAAUUCAAGGACACAUAUUCUCACAAUCAUGUGAGAAAAGCUUAAGAUUGUGAAAAAAUACUAUGUGUUCAGCAGAAUCUUAGAAGCAGUCCUAUUUGUGGUUUUUCAUGGUGGCUCUGUGUAUGCGUCCUAUGCAACAGUGCAAAUAACCAUCAAUUUCUUUCAAAAAUUGAAAUAUAUAUUUGAUAGAACUCCAGGGAAGAUAUUCUUGGCUUGUGCAAUGUUUUUACAUCAUCUGACACUUCCCCAUAGAUAUUCCGAUAAUAAAGCUUCCGAUAUGUACAUGUUGUUGUACCAACGUUUUUGUUUCAAUGUUAAAAUGGAAAUAAAUGGGUAUAUAAGAAAUUAAAACAAAAGUGAUAUGAAGAUAUGAUAAUGAACCAAAGAUCACAAAAAAAAAUUGUUUCACACAAAGUCAAAUACAAGGAUUAAGGAUCGACAUUUAUGGAUGAUCCACCCGAUCUAGUCCCUAAUGCAUGAAACUUGUCAUCAUUUGCGAGUUACAAGCUAGUGUUAUAAGCUACUGUAAUUGCUCAAUAUGAUUGGCUGGCUCUGAUAUGUUAUAGAUUGUAACACUUUGGAGGGGAAAAAGUCCUGAAUGCAUUCUGCUCAGCUGCAUCCUCGCCCUGUAAUAUUUCAAGUUUUGUUUGAAAUAUGAUAAAUCUUGUGGACAAUUACAGUAUUUAUUUUAAUGUUUUGCUCUUUGAUGCACCUCCUAUUGUUUCUAUGCAAUAUAAAUGCAUGCCUUGUGUUUAUUGAAUGCCUGGUUGUAUUCAUUCAUUGUCUGUAUAUAGAAAUAAAUAAUGAAGACUCCU